AUGGGCGUUCCUUCAACUCAAGCGUCGAACGCCAUCAUCUAUCUGACCUACGGCGCAUUCUUGGUCGUCGGUUGCUACAUCGCAUGGCGGCUGCGACACCAGUCAAAGACAGAAUGGCUGUCGAGCAACAAGUCGCAAAAGGGCAUCCCGCUUGCUCUUAACUUCAUCGCGUCGGGUGAGUGCAUCCGUGCAACGCUUCACGCGUAA